UUGCAUGCACUCGUUGUCUUCUCCUAUAUCUCCAUUUGCAAAGGAACCACAGUACUGUGUGAAAAAGUGACACAUACAAAUAAACACCAAAGAAGAUAAAUUAGCUACCUAAGGAUUUCACUAUGAGUUGGUCUUCAUUUUAUCACACAGCCUCGAGGGUUUUUCACGAGUAUCCAUCCUGGUCCAAAUCUGUUGUUGUAUGCACUAUUAUCAGUGGUGGAGGUCUAGUGGCAUACAAUGAUGCCAGAUCAGCAUAUAGUGAUUGUGGUGAUCAAAUCCCAAAAAAGAAGGUGGUGGUGCUUGGAACUGGUUGGGCUGGAACUAGUUUUGUAAAAACCAUGAAAGAUCCGUCUUAUGACAUUCAUGUUGUUUCACCACGUAACUAUUUUGCAUUCACUCCUUUGUUACCAAGUGUUACUUGUGGCACAGUGGAGGCACGAAGUGUUGUUGAACCAAUUCGAAAUAUCAGCAGAAAGAGUGGAUUAAAUGUUCAAUUCAGUGAAGCUGAAUGCUAUAAGAUCGAUCCAAAGAACAACAAAGUAUACUGCCGUGCUGGUCAAGACAAAAAGCUUGAUGGCAUAGAAGAAUUUUCCAUUGAUUAUGAUUAUUUGAUAAUAGCUAUGGGAGGUCGUUCUAAUACCUUUAACACACCUGGUGUUCAGGAGAAUGCCUAUUUCUUGAAGGAAAUUGAAGAUGCUCUAAGAAUCCGCCAAAAAGUGAUUAACCUUUUUGAAAGAGCAAGCCUCCCUUCUAUAUCAGUGGAAGAGAAGAAAAAGCUUCUGAGUUUUGUAGUUGUUGGUGGUGGUCCAACUGGUGUAGAGUUUGCUGCAGAGUUACAUGAUUUUGUCCAUGAAGAUCUAUGUAAAUUAUAUCCUUCUCUUAUAAACCACGUCAAGAUUACUCUCUUGGAGGCUGGUGAUCAUAUCUUAAACAUGUUUGACAAGAGAAUAACAGAAUUUGCUGAAAAAAAGUUCAACAGAAAUGGAAUUGAUGUGAAGUUAGGAUCAAUGGUUGUAAAAGUUGGUGAAAAAGAUAUCUCUGCCAAAGAAAGAGGAAGUGGUCAAGUUGUUACUAUGCCUCAUGGUAUGGUUGUUUGGUCAACUGGUAUUGGUGUUCGUCCUGAAAUACUUGAUUUCAUGAAACAACUUGGUCAGAUUAAUAGACGUGCAUUGGUCACUGAUGAAUGGCUAAGGGUGGAAGGGUGUGACAACAUCUAUGCUUUAGGUGAUUGUGCAACUAUAAAUCAACGAAGAGUUAUGGAAGAUAUAGCUGUGAUAUUUAACAAGGCAGACAAGAACAACUCAGGAAUGUUAGAUCUUAAAGAAUUUAAAAACGUUGUUGGGGACAUUAUUGAGAGGUAUCCACAAGUGGACAUUUAUUUAAAGAAAAAUCAAAUGAAAGACAUGGCCACUUUGCUAAAAAAAUCUCAAGAAAGCUCAUUGACAGUGGACAUUGAAUACUUCAAAGAUGCUCUUUCCAAAGUUGAUUCCCAGAUGAAAAAUCUUCCUGCAACAGCUCAGGUUGCUGCUCAACAAGGAGCCUAUCUUGCAGACUGUUUCAAUCGGAUGGAGUUGUGUGAGAAAUAUCCGGAAGGCCCUCUAAGGUUUAGGGGAAUAGGACGCCAUCGUUUUCGUGCCUUUAGGUACAAGCAUUUUGGACAAUUUGCUCCUCUUGGUGGAGAACAAACUGCUGCUCAGCUUCCAGGAGAUUGGGUUUCUAUUGGUCAAAGUAGUCAAUGGUUAUGGUAUUCAGUAUAUGCAAGCAAACUAGUUAGCUGGAGAACAAGGGCUUUGGUGAUAUCUGACUGGGGAAGGAGAUUCAUAUUUGGAAGAGACUCAAGUCAAAUUUGAGAUCCAGUUCAAAACUUGUUCUACAUUUAAUGGAAUACCUCAUAUAUAUUUUGUUGGCACAAGAUGGCCACAAGGUGUUUGAUUUUUUGAUUCAAAAAUAUUUUCUAUUAUUACCCCAUCUUAUAGUAUAUUCAUUCAUAUUAUUGAUCAAUGUUUUGAUUUUGUACUUUGAUGCGAAGCCUAAUGACAUACUAGCAAAUAUAAUAGAGAAAAGUCAAAUCCAUAACAUAAUGAAAAUCAAGGAGU